AUCGGUCUCAUGCACAGAGAAGGCAAAGCACCCUCUCCUCAAUAUAGCCAAACCUGCCCCUCUCGGGAGGAUGCUGAGUAGAUCAAGUGUUCUUUAGAAAAGGGGGAGCAGAGGUAUUUUGAAUUCAUUCCAAUGCAUUCCCCUUACAUAUCCUCCUGUGUGAAGAUGCUUUGGGUUUCUGUUCUAAUUUUCUCACAGCUCCGUCCCUUGGAGGGAACAAAGAGCAACUGGGACCACUCACCUGUUAUUGGUCACCAGUCUUUUGAGAUGAAAAGGUGGGACAUACACCUUGCGAGAAAGCAGCGUGACAUUAGCAAUGGAUCAACCAGAAAUGGAACACGCAUAAGCCAGGAUAUGGGAGGUGACAGUCUGUCUAUUGACACUCUGCUGGAUAAUCAGUCACAAGUUAUUGAAGACAGUUACAGUUACUACACAUCAAGGAUGUUUGGUCCUUCAGAUCUACAAAGUCAAGAGUUGUGGGUGGAUUUAUUACAUGAAAAAAGCAACAAAGCCAGAGUGCACAGUAUCCUGUCCAACACACACAGACAGGCUUCGAGAGUUAUUUUGUCAUUUGAAUUCCCAUUCUAUGGACAUUUGUUGCGCCACAUCACAAUAGCCACAGGAGGUUUUAUCUUUAUGGGUGAUGUCCUCCAUCGCAUGUUAACAGCGACGCAAUACGUAGCACCCCUCAUGGCAAAUUUCAAUCCCAGCUAUUCUUCUAACUCAACGAUAAGCUACAGAGACAAUGGCACAUCAUUUGUGGUACAGUGGAACAAUGUUCAUCUCCAUGAACAGGAAAAUGUAGGAGGGUUCACUUUUCAAGCUUCGUUGCACAAAGAUGGACGUAUUGUAUUUGGUUACAAAGAGGUACCUCUGCUGGCCAAGGAUAUUAGCCUUGCAGAACAUCCUGUGAAAGUAGGACUCUCAGACGCCUUCAUGGUUCUCAAUCCUUCUUUGGAUGUUCCAGAAUCUCAAAGACGCACCAUAUAUGAAUAUCACAGGGUGGAGGUGGACCUCACAAAAAUUCGGAGCCAGACAGUUGUGGAAUUUACCCCGUUGCCAACUUGCCUAGAGCUAUCGACUUGCGAACAGUGUAUAACCUCAGCCUUGACAUUUAACUGCAGCUGGUGCCAUGUAUUACAGAGAUGUUCGAGUGGGUUUGAUCGCUACCGCCAAGACUGGCUGACAUAUGGCUGUGCUGAACAGGCCCAAAGCACAUCCUGUGAAGAGUUUGUGGAUUUUUACUCACCAGCUGAUUCCUCCCUUCCGCCCACAUCAACUGAACAGAGUCAAUGGGCGACAACAACAUCAGGCAUCACAGAGGGCCUCACCACAGAAGAUGAUACAAAACUGACUAAGAAUGCGGGAGACAGUGAGACCUCUGGGCUUAUUAACAUAAACAGGAUGACCCUUGCCAGGAAUUCUGACAGUGUAACAUCUGUUCCAGAACUGGAACAGGUGUGGCCCAAAUCGAGCAAACCACUUGUACAUUCUGGAACAAUCAUAGGCAUUGUGCUGGCAGUGCUGCUAAUCACAGUUAUUAUACUGACAGUGAUUUAUAUAAACCGACACUCUGGAAAACAAGGAAGACGCUGCUGUAUGAAGUACCGUCCCCAUCAAUGGGCAAUGAAGUUCCACAAUCAUGGAUAUCCUGGUAUUUACAGGGAGGUGGAUCCCACACCAGGACUAGAGAAAGAUGGCAUCAUGGAGAUAGGACCAUAAGAAUUCUUCAGCUACAACAGACAGCUGAAUAUCAGCUCUGGGGCAGGAUCUCCCAGAUAUAUAGUUAUGCAGAAAAACACCACACUGACCCCAGAAAGUCUACGAAGGGGCAAGAUCCUCUCUUCAACGUCAUAGUUUUUGCACUUCACAUGAGUUUUAGUGUUAGAAGCAAUAUGCAGAAAAAUGCACUAACUGUAGAAAUUUCCAAAGGACCGAACCUUAGCACCACACCCAAUGACCUAAUACAGAAUGUUUCACUGCCAGACACCUGCAGAUCAAUGCCUAUCAGCAUCAGACAUCUAAAGACAUUGAGUUUCUUGGAAUGUGGAAAAGAAUGCAUACCAACAACGGAAACCUGUAGAACAUUAAGCUCAUGCUAUCUAGAACUAACACAGCAUUUCAUAUAUCUCAUAAUAUAUUAAAGAUUUGCUUCAUAGACCUGCUCAAUACUAGAAUACUGAAAUACAUUAUGAACCAAAUGGACAUUGGAUGUGUAUUGCAAUUUAGGGACCGAUUCAUUAAAAAAGCAUUCACCAGAGCACCGAUUCUCCAUAUUAAAAAACAGCAGAUUAUAGAUGUUCAACCAGUUUAAUCAUGGAGAUGUGGCUUUCAGACAGAUAUUUGCAAAUCACUGACACUCGCCAAUCCGUGACUUCCUCUGCCAUGGAUAUGCUGAACAUCAGACCAGCAGUCAGAAACCUGCAAACACAAUACAAUCAUAUGGAGCAAACACGUGCAGCUUUACAUAUUUUGCAAAAAGAUAUACAGAGAAACUGACACCUAUAUGGGAUGCACACAUCUAUGACAUUUUACUACAAAGUCACAUGUGUGCCAAUAAUGUGCAACAUUCACUUCCUGCAUUGCUAAAUGUUGCAGUCCUGGACUUUUUCUCCCCACAGGAAAAUACAUUUACUCAAUUUUCUUUCUGCACUGUAUGUAUCUUUACAGUAUUUGCAAUAUUUGUUUUUAAUUUUAACCCAUUUUUCACCCCAAAAUCUUUACAUGAUCAAGUACUUUAACCACAACAAUGGCAAAGCUCCUGUAGUCAGUGUCUACAGCUGCUUUUGAAAUAAUAGUUUUAUUUACACGUUUGGUUCUGGAAACCCUGUAACAUACUAGUAGCUGCUCUGCCUGUGAGUGAUAUAAAUAUAGAGUAAUAAAGUACCACAAAAGCGCUGUAAAUAAUCAUAUACAAA